UGCUUGGCGCGUUAAUUUACACCACUAUGCAUCAUAUAAAUUUAUUUAAAUUUGUUUUAAUGUAGGAAAAUAUAAACGAAAAAUCUUAUUUAAUUAGUAUCAUCAUUAAAUUCAUGCUUCAGGUAAAAAAAAUGAACAACGACCGAAGCUUGUAACAGUUGUAAAAUUCAAUGGAAGUGCAGUUAUAAUCCCAAUGAUAAAUGACCGCCAACCACUUGCUGCUGGACUGCAGCAAUAAUAAAUGAAUUUGAGUCAAAAAGUGAUGAGGAAGCUGAGAUUAAGCUCUGGCUGUUUCAUUCAGGCGGGUUUAAUCUCAAACAUAUAUAAACGUAAUUUGACCGUUGUCGGACCUAUUUAUCAUUUAGGGCUGCUAAUCUAAGAAGAAAGCCAUCUCAAUUUCCAUUGACAUAUAACUAGAAAGAAAGACACACACACACACAUAUAUAUAUAUAUAUGUAUAUAUAUUAUAUAUAAUGUGUGUGCGUGAAUCGAUGGAUGUAUAUGUAUACACACUGGAUAGUGCUUAGGAAAUCAUAUAGAAGUAUCUACUGAUGUCAUCGGAUUUAAUGGAAAAUAUACAUAAAGUAAAAGAGAUUUUGAGUGUUUGAAACAAAUAAAAUGACUAACUGAAUAGAAGAGCUAUUGUUAUAAAUUUGAAGGAGUUUUAUAAACUGAAAUUAUGUCAGCCCAUGUUUUGUCACCAUCAACUUCACAGGACUCAUCACCUGGUUCAGACAGUCCAGUUUUUAUGGAAUGGAAGCAACAGCUUCAUGCAUAUGAAGCUUGGGUUAAUGCUCAGCUCCGUAAACGGCCAUCAGCUCGCCAGAUUGAAGAUCUCAGGAACGAUGUUAAAGAUGGUGUUGCUCUCAUCAAUCUUAUUGAAGUGGUUGGUGGCGAAAAACUACAGAAUGUUCAUAUGGUUCCCUCUACCCAUGCUGAGAUGAAGGCAAACGUAGAGAGAGUUUUACAAUUCAUGUCUGCUAACCACAUCCGGAUGCAUCCAAUGAAAGCAAGUGAUAUUGUCGAUGGUAACCUGAAGUGUAUUAUGCGCCUUAUUCUGGCAUUAGCAGCCCAUUUUAAGCCUAAUUCAGUAAAGCACCAAUCUGUAGCUGGUGUUAUCUCUCCAAACCGAGGGAGAUCUUUAGCAAGUAUAGCACAGAGUGCUGCUGUCACUUUAGCAACUGCACGCAGAUUUGUGUCAAAAGCUAGCAAACAAUACCAUGGAAGCAACUAUAAGGAUUAUGGACAUACAACCCACAUACCAGCUGAUGUAGCUGCAAUGCAAGCCAGAAUGAUGAUGAUAAAAUCCUGCCCUGGGCCCAAACAUCUGUCUGCCACAGGAGAACAGGAUUACGAUAUAGAUGGGAUGCCACGGAGUCGAUCAACUGGAUUCAUACCAGCCAAUGAAGACUCAGUGGAGUAUGGUCAAGACAAUACCGUGAUACUUGAUCAACAACAGUAUAAUGAUCUCUUAAAGGAAUAUGAUGACCUGGCAGAUACAAUGAAAGAAACAAAAUCUGAUCUUCUGAAAUUGCAAAAUUUGCUUUUGAACGGAGAAAUAACAAGUCUUGUACCCUCUUCAGAGCUGGAUGAUCUUGAAGGAUAUUCAAUUUCUGACCAAAUGGUUGUCCUUCGUAGUAGGCUUCAGCAAGCAACAGAAAUAUCUCGUGACUUAAAAGAACAGUUAUCUCGAACAAAAAUUGAAUGUCGAGAGCUUUAUGGUGCUAAGGCUGGUUUACAACAGCGUUUAGCUGAACAAGAAGUCACUCUAGCAAAUUCUAAAGCUGAUUUAUAUCGCCGAAGUUUAGACUUUCAGAGUUUGGAAUCAGAAAAGAAUAUGCUGAUUAAAAAACUGAAUGAAAAAGACAAACAACUGACUGAGUUAAAGAGAGAUGUCAGCCAGAAAGAUAAAGUAAUUGAAGAUCUGCAGUUUCAAAUGAAUCCUGAAUUAUUAGAAGAAAAAGAUGUGAUGAGACGUAACUGCUGGCUUCACAUUAGAUGUCUUCAAAAACUUCAAUCUAUGCGAAGAACAGAGUCAAUGAAGAAAGAUAAAGAGGAUUCUGUGGUUGAUGUUCAAAUGAUUCAGGGAUCUAUAGAAAAACUCCGGUUGUCUUUCAAUGACAAUGACCAAGAAAAGUUAUCAUCUUUGGAUCAACUUGAACAAAAUGUCAUUACAUUUAUUGAGAAGAUGCAUUAUGGCAGCAUUGAUAUUCUCCCUCAGUCUCCAACACUGAAGUUGAGCAGGCCAGUCCUGCCAAGCCAUUUUAAAGAAGAUGCACAAGGGAAUUAUAUGACUUCAACUAUCACAGCAACAAAUUCAGCUUCUAUAAAGCAAUUAGAAACUAAAGUGCUUUAUUAUUUGGAUAAUUCAGAAACAUCACAUAUGAUAACAGUUCCAAAAAGAUUAGGGGAAAUUACCUUAAAAGAUCUCCAAAAUCGAAUUCAAAAGUCUGAAGGCUACCGAUUUCAGUUCAAAGCACUAGAUCCUGAGUUUGGAACAGUUAAAGAAGAGCUGUUCAAUGGCAAAGACAUCCUGCCUGGUUGGGAAGGCAAGAUCGUUGCUUGGGUGACAGAGAAGAAAACUGAAUAGAUUUCUAUUUUAUAGAGUAUAUAAUAUGAAAAAUAUUUAGAAAUAUUUAAAAUGAGACAUCAAGGGAAAGCAUCAUUCUUUGAUACACACACACAAAUAUAUAUGUAAUACAUAUACAAAUACAAACUCACUAUUUAUAAUGUAAUCUAUGCUCAAAGUUGACAGUUGACAGUUAUGUUUAGGUAAUUUUCGUGGCUUUAACUAGCCGGAGCUAGUUCACUAGUCACCAAAGUCUACUCUGUAGAGUAGAUAUUGUAUCUGAUCAAAGCUUUUUAUAGACAAAAUAAUUUGUAUUUGUUGUAUAAAAGAUUUAUUUUGUUAUAUUUGUUGCUGCACAAGCUGAUAUUCACAUACGUCAUCCAGUUUCAAUCUAUAUAAUAGUACACAAAAUUCCUCUACCUUCUUCAUUUCUAAAAUUGUUCUUAAUAUCAUUGGAAAUGAUUCUGUGAAGCUUUUAGAAGGAGAAGGAGAAGUAAAGUUCAGAUGGCCACCAGUCCAACUGCAAAAAAAGAUAUCCUUUUGGCUGUAAGGAAAAGAGAAAAAAAAAGUUAAGUUUUCAAUUGUAGAAUGUUGGUUUUCCCCAUUUGUUGUAAAGCUUCUUACUGUAAGUGAAAAACCAGAAAGAAAUUUGAAUUGAAACUCCCAUUGUAUUUUAGCAAGUCUUUUUAUAAUUUCUAUUGUAUAAAAUAUAUUUGUGCCUAGCAGAUAUGCUAGAAAUAUCUUUCAAAGAAUAUGUUUUAUAUUCCUAUCCUACUAAGUAAGUGUUAAUGUUUUAUUUUCACUGCUCUUUUCUAUGUAAACUUCUGAUAUCGGUAUUUAAAUUGGCAAAGGGAAUGAACGACUCUAUUUAUCUCAGUCUUUUCUUAUAAAAGCCCCUAUUUUCUUGAUUUUGUUUGGAUCACCAUAGAUAUUCCUUUGCCUACUUAUAUUUCAUUAUCUUGUAUUCUUAUAUUUGGGAAUAAUUUUAACUGAAUUUUCUUUAAAGAAAAAGUCUUCCUCUUCUUUUCAUAUAUAUAUUGAAAUUGGAAACUGAGAAGUUGAAAUUGACAAUAGAAAUAUUUACUGUAUUUGUUUUCUUUCAUAAUUACUUGAAAGAAAAAGCUAAAAUACCAGCUAAAAUUACAAUACAAUCUCUCUCUCUCUCUCUCUCUCUCUCAGAUAAAAUUAAAAAUCGUUAAAAACAUAUUUCUUCAUAUAAAUAAUAUAUGUUGAUAAUAUUAAAUGCUAAACUUGACUUUGCCUUUCAUCUUUUGGGGAUUAAUAAAAUAAGUACCAGUUGAACACUGGGGUCAAUAUAAUUGACUGACCCCCUUCCCUGAAGUCGCUGGCCUUGUGCCAAAAUGUGAUACCAAUAUUAAAUGCUCAAUUGAGGUUAUUACUUGAAAGCAAGAAGGUGGCUAGCUAACAGAAUCAUUAACCUGUUGGAAACAAAAUGCUUUGCAGUAUUUCUACUGAUUCAUUGUAUUCUGAUUUCAAAUUUCGCUGAGGUCAACUUUACCUUUCAUCCUUUUAGGGGUUGAUAAAAUAAGUACCAGUUGAGCACUGGGGAUGAUGUAAUCGACUAGCUUCUCCCCCAAAAUUUCAGGCCUUGUACCUAUAGUAGAAAGAAAUAUUUUAAAGCAAGCCUCAGAAUAACAACAGGAUAUUUACUGAUGAAGGAGGAGGGACUCAAUACUGAGAGGCAAAUUCAUUAUAAAGUCACAGUUAAUAAUAUUAUCUUUGGUGGCAAGCUGGCAGAGUUGGUAGCAUGCUGGGCGAAAUGCUUUGUGGCAUUUUGUCCAUCUUUACAUUCUGAGUUCAAAUGCUGUUGAGGCUGACUUUGCCUUUCAUCCUUUUGGGGGUCGAUAAAAUGAGUAUCAGUUGAGCACUGGCUGGCGUUGAUGUAAUUGAUUUGUCCCCUCCCCCCCAAAUUUCAGGCUUUGUACCUUUAGUAGAAAGGAAUAUUAUCUAUUAUUUAAGGGGGCGAGCUGGCAGAUUUGUUAGCACACUAAGCAAAAUGCUUUGCAGCCUUUCGUCCAUUUUUACAUUCUGAGUUCAAAUUCUGCUGGGGUUGACUUUGCCUUUCAUCCUUUUGGGGUUGAUAAAAUAAGUACCAUUUGAAUACUGGGGUCAAUGUAAUCAACUUAGCUCCUCCCUUGAAAUUGCUGGCCUUGUGCCAAAAUUUGAUACCAAUAUUAUCUAUUACCUAGUUUCCUCAAAUUAUUUCCAGUUGGAAUUAUCAUAUAUUUAUUCACAAAUUCUCUUAUGACUGUCAUAUUAUCCCACAUGUCAUACAAAUAUAAAAAAGAAAUAAUAAUACUAACAAUACUGUCAAUUAAUGAAACUUAUAUUAUUCUUAUUCAUUAUGUUAUAUAAAACUUGUGGUGAGUGCUUUAGAACAAGAGAUAAGCUCUUGUAUGUCAUCAUUACAUUCUUGUUUCGAAUCUCACUCAGAGAAAGGCAUCAACAUGACCCUACAUCAUUUUCUCUUUUUAAAGUACACAAGCUUGAAACCUAGCCAAAGGAUAAACUAAUAUAUUUAUAAAAUUAUUCAUUAUUCAUCCAUGUUUAUCAGUAUUAAAUUGGCUAUAUCUGUCUCAAUCUUUCAUUAUAAAAUCCCUACUCACUUAAUUUUGCUCUGAUCUCUCUAAUUUAUAUUUUCUUUUGCUUAAUAUUUUUACUGAUUUAAUUCUUAUUCAUUUUUCACAAGCAACAAAGGGAAACUACAACUCCUCUUCCGAAAUUAUCAAAUUUGCAAAUACAGCAUAUAUUCUAAUCCACUAAAUAGCACUUCUUACAUAUAUAUGUAUAGAUAGAUAGAUAGACAGAACCAACCCUGGGUAGGAUCUAUGAUUUAUAUUGGAUUUGGUACCUAUAUAUAAUUAUAAAUAAAGAGAAAAAUAUUCUAAUAAAAUUUAUUUUACCAUUCAAUAUUCUUAUUUAACAACAAUUGUUUCACAGCUUAAAAAUUGCAUAUAAAUGUAGACAUGUAAUUUAUUAAUUAUAAAAUAUAAUAAAAUAAAUUAUUUAUACAUGUUUAUUAAGCUGCGAAACAAUUGUUAAAUAAGAAUAUCCAAUGGUAAAAUAAAUUUUAUCAUAGUAUAUUUCUCUCUUUAUUUAUAUGUUUUACUGUAUAUUCUAUUUGUUUUGUAGAAUGGUACAUUAAGCAACUUUUUUUUAUGAGUACCACCAGAUUAGUUGAAUUCAUAUAAUGUGACUUAUAUAUAUAUAUAUAUAUAUAUAUAUAUAUAUAUAUAUAUGCAGUAUACUACCAACAAAUGACGCCUAAUGGUUGUUUUCCUUUACUGUGAACUUAAUGUUAUGGUACCCAGCCAGUACUGGGCAUCCCACUUGCGAUAUGCCUAGAUUCUAAUGAAUCCUGUAACUAUUCAAUAGAUAGACAUGUAGGCAGAUAGGUAUGUGUAUGUGGCUUUUUGAACUUAACUUCCUUGCAGGUCUUUCAUUGUCAUGGUUUAUACCAGUCAUGGGCAAAUCACAGCCCAUGGAACUUUCUGAAUGGCACACCUAACAAGACAAUUAUCUUGAAUUUAUUUUAGUAGUGUGAUCCGCCUGAUAAUGAGCCCUGUCUCUUUGCAGCCAGCUUCUCAAAAAAAUAAUAAAUAAAUGCUGCUCAUAUUUGGUUUUGACAUUACUUUCCUCUAUUAAAUUCCUCAACUUCUAACCUAUCUGUAACUGUUUCAUAAUUCACAGAAUAUAUCUAUUACAUUUAGUAAUAUUUGUAAUACACUGCUACGAGACAUGACAACUCAUUUUUAGUUUGCCAGACAUGUUGUUAUAACCUGUAUAGGUCAUAUUCCUUGCAGAGUAUAUUGAAUUUCACACUUGGGGCCAAAUUGUGACAAUCUGUUAUUGAUUAAUCAUUGCAGUUCUUCUAUUGAUUUUGCAGAUGUUAAAUACAGCCAUUCUUGAUUUUUAUUGUUAGGUUUCAAAUUAAGAACAAGAAAAGGAAAGGGGUUAAGAAAAGAACCUCAAUAAAUGAUUGCCUGAAUUUCAGUAUUGAUCCUAGUGCUAAUUUAGCUCCAUUAAUUACAGAUAUUCUUUAUUGAUGGCUAGUUCUUAAUUUUCAUUUGGAAUAUAAAUGUUGAGAUUUAUGGCUCUAUUGCCCUCAUUACUUGGCCUAUGACUUCAACCAAAACAUUUAUUAUUUUCAGUCAAAUUAGUUGAAAAUGAUGCUGAGAUAAAGAAUAUGAACUAUAUGAUUUAGGAGUUAAAAAUUCAAAAUAUUGGGUAAAAAUAUCAAUGAUGUGGAAUGGUACAAAGAUAAGCUCUGUUGAUGUCAAUUUAAUUUUUUCUUUUUGACUAAUACAAUCUGUGAAAACAGUGCUUUAGUGUGGCCUUAGUCCUGAUGGCUGAAACAAAGUAAAGAACUAACUGGAGACAAUUUUCUACUCCAAAAAAAUAAAGGAUUGGAAAGUAAAACAGAGAAUAUUUACUAUAAACGAUUUAAAACCAAACUAAAAACCAUACCAACAAAUCUGUAUAGCUAAAGUAUUUAAAUCAUAUGAAAUUUAAUAUUAAUUUGUUAUAAGAUGGGGGACUGACAGAAUUGUUAGCACACUGGGGAAAAUAUUUAGUGGCAUUUUGUUAAUCUUUACAUUAUGAGUUCAAAUUCCACCGAGGUCGACUUUGCCUUUCAUCUUUUUGCGUUUGAUGAAAUAAGUACCUGUUGAGCACUGGGGGUUGAUGUAAUCAGCUUAACCCCUCCCUAGAAUUGCUGGCCUUAUGUCAAAAUUUGAAGCAAAUAUUAAUUACUUAUGGAUUUUUCUUUUGUAUUAUUCCUGCCAUCUCUGUAUAAUUAAUAAAUUGCUCUCCUGGGACAAAUAUUUCAGUGGUCCUAAAAACUGAAGGUUUUUUUUUUAACAACCCAGUUCUUGUAGGAAAAUUGUUUGAUAAAGUGUGGUUAAGGAACUCACUUUGCAACCACGUGGUUUUCGGUUCAGUCCUCCUGUGCAGUACCUUGGGCAAGUGUGUUCUACUACAUCUCUAGGCUGACCAAUGACUCUUGUGAGUGAAUUUAGUAGGCAGAAACUGCAUGGAAGCCCAUCAUAUAUACAUAUAUAUAUAUGUGCAUGUGCCUUUGUGUUUUGUAUCCCCAGCACCACUUGACAACCAGUGUUGGUUUGUUUACGUCCUUGUAACUUAAUGGUUUGACAAAAGAGACCAAUAGAAUAAGUACCCUUAACUUAAAAAAAAUAAGUCCAGGGGUCGAUUUGUUUGACUAAACCCUUCAAGGCAGUGCACCAGCAUGGCCGCAGUCCAGUAAAUGAAACAAAUAAAAAGUAAAAGCAUAGGAGAUAUUCCCAAUGAAGAUAAACUUUUUUCUAUUAAAUGCAUUAAUUUAGAUGUUUGCUGACUUUUUUUUUUUUACUCAAUCAUGGCAUAUUACUCAAAACAUAGCAAAAGUGGUAGUUUGUAAUAUGCAUACAAUAACCUUCAAAAGCCUAUGGAAGCUGUACAAACUUGCAGUAUGGAAUUUUUUUUGCCUGGUCCUUACACACACACAUUCGCUCACUUAAAAUCUCUGUGCUGUGGUUCCUAACUAUUACGGGAAGGAACCUAGAUUAUAUUGUUGAUAACCAUUUUUCUCUUAUCAAUAAAUGCUUACUUUGGUGAUUAAAAAAAAAAAAAAUUUUUGAAUGAUAGCUUUCUGUCUGAUUGCAAUUAUGCCUCCAUAUAUUUACAUUCUUUUAUAAUAUUUUGAGAAGGCAGUGUACAUUUAAUUCAGUUCAUACACCUACUGUGAUAUUUAUAUUUUAACCAUUCCUUUAACUGGAAAUUAUUAAACUGGACCAAGAAAUGUCUGUGUAAUCUUUUUUUUUUUUUUUCCAGCUGUUAAACACUGAAAGCAGCAAUCAAAUCUUAUCCAGUUCUCUGCUUUGAGUGAUUACAGAACUUCCAUAUAAACAUGGUUACACUUACAAAGGCACUCUUUUUUCCAAUAUUUAGUUUAUUUUUUAAUGCCAAAGAACAUUACAAGUUUGUGAAAAAAGAAAUUUCUAUAGUUUGGCUUUCAGCUGCAACUUCCAUCUAUUUUCAGUAUAUAGUCAUUUUAUGGUUAAUUAUUUUUCUAUAAGGAGAAACAAACCCUGGAUCAGUGCUAAUUAUAAGAUGUCUAUCAGACUAUCAUGUGACACUGUGACCAGAGUUUGAUUUCCUUCUGAUAAUAUAUAAUAUUAAUUAACUAUUUUCUUUCUACAAUGUCUUUUAAUAGCAUUUUUAUAAAAUAGAAAGCUUCUAUACACAAGUAGCUGCAUGAAGCAGUGAAAUUAUACAAAAUUGUGUUUGAUAGUUAUUUAAAUCUGUAAAUACUUUUCACAGCAGUUAGUCAUGUGUGCUUUUUUUUUUUUUGUCCCUGACAAACUGCAGUGAAAGGAUCUUACCAGUUCAAAUACCUCUCGAAACACAUUUGAAAUGGUCUUAAGAUUGUAUAGAAAGUUUCUAUGAUAUAAUAUUUAAGUAGUAUAUGACUAAAAUAUUGCAAUGUGCUUCAGACAUUCUUAAAUAAACUAAAGAUACUGACUUGAUUAUUCAGGGUAAAAAUCAAGAGAGAAAUUAUUCAAUUUCCAUAAAUAUUUCAAUGUUUCAUGCAAUGGAAUUUUGUUUUGUUUUGUUUUGUUUUGUUUAUCUUUUGUUAAAAUUGUAAAAUAUACUUUGUAAUUUAUGCAAAAAUGAAUUGUGUUUUGUUGUUCAUUAAAUUUUAUGAGAUAUUUCAUUGUAACAUAUCCCUUAUAAUUAAACACACAGCAAAAUAAAGCUACUUGUCCUAA